AUGGCGAAAUUUAACACAGGUAACAACCCUACAGAGGCUGUUUCUGGUAACAGUCGACCCUUCAAAGUCCCAGGACAACCUAGCCAUAUGGGAUUACAGACAAGGAAAGCAGCACUUGAGAAAUUUGCAAGUCAAGGAAAUGCAACUUCUUCAGGACCCACCUUUCACAAACCUGUUCAUCCUAAGCCUCCUCUGGGGGUCAAGCCUUCAAUUGAUGAUAAAACAGAGAAGGAUCCAAAGCCCCCAUAUUUGAAACCGGUUGCACAAAGAUUUGGGGUUCAGCUUCAGGCAACUAACAGAGAAAAUGAUGGAAAAGGUGGAUGCACUAAACCCCCCACCAAAACCAGUGAUCUGGCAAAAGAAGAGCCAAAGCCUCUGUAUCCAAAACCUGCAGGGAACAAGUUCCUUAACUCUGCUCCUCAUGAGAAAGAAAAAAUUCCUCUGGGAACAAAACCAAAUUCAAAUUUUGCAUCACAGGAGAGUGAGGGAAAACCAGCAUUUUCAAAAGUAACUGGAGUUAAGGAAAAGUUCAUGUCUGCAACACAAGAAAACGAGCCCAAGCCUCCUUUCUCUAAACCACCUCUUGCACAGAAACCUUCUCAAAACCAUGAGGUUUCCCACAAUGAAGACACUUCUAAUAAAAAUGUUUUUCUGCAAAAAGGACUAUCAGGCCCUAGACCAAAUCUACACUCAUUUAAAGCAGCAAAGGAAAUGGAUGAAAAUAGUAACUGUGCUGCAGAAGCUGCAGGCAGUCAUUUUUCUAACAUAGCUCUGAAGCCUACUGGCCACUGGUCCAGCUCAUCUCAAGGCACCCCCAAAAACGUGGAGGAAAAGACUGAAGAAAAGGGAAUGAGUGCUGCCAAGAACAUCUUUCUCAACAAAAUCAUCCAGGAAGAAUCAGGUUCUUCUUCCUCUAAGUUCCGUAAGAUGAACACAGCUCUUGCUGUAGGAAGGCCAUCAGGUGGAUCACAAGAGAAAGAGGAUGGGGACAGGAGCUCAGGAACCCCCAAGCGGAAAGCCUUGCCCCCGCUGUUCAAGCUGGGCCAGCCCCCACAGAAGCCCAGCAGACCCCCCAGCGUGGACCUGGAAAGGUUCCAGAAGAGCAGCCCAAAAGACAGCCUUAAAACUGAUGGUUUGAAACAGAUAGCACCUCCCUCAGCAGCACUCCCUCCACCUGUACCUCCACUUUUUCCACCUCCUCCACCAGCCUCUCACCCGUCCCUGCAGGCCCCAGCAGCUCCCAGCCUGCCUCCCAGAAACAUCAAGCCCAGCUCUGAAACAAC